CGCAUGCGACGCGAUUAGAGAGAUCUGAGGGAUAUAAAACAAGAACAUAAUUAAGAGCCACUCCGAGCGAACGUCGUCGUCUUCUUCCGAGCAAUCCUGAGCUCCUGACAGCAUCCAAGUCAGCGUCCCCUGCUUAGUCACCACCAUGGAUACCGCCAACAACAAGAAGAACACCGUGUCCGAGUUCAGCUACAUGCUGCAACGACAAGGCAGUGACGAUUCCGUCGAGGCGACCGCCUUCGAUGACAUCAACUCGUUGAUGAAGCGCGAGGAUGGCGCGAACAAACCGGUGGAAACGCUCUCGUCGCUACCGCAAGCAUCCUUCAACUACAUCAACUCCAUCGUGGGCAGUGGCGUCAUCGGGAUCCCUUACGCCCUGCACCGGGCCGGCUUCGGGCUCGGUCUCUUUCUGCUGGUGAUCGUUGCGGUCAUUACCGAUUACUCGCUCAUCCUGAUGGUACGGUGCGGUCACCUGAGCGGACGGUUCAGCUAUCCCGGUGUGAUGGAGGCGGCGUACGGCAAGGCCGGCUACUAUCUGCUUUCGUUGCUCCAAUUUAUGUACCCAUUUCUAGCCAUGAUCUCGUACAACGUUGUCGUCGGUGAUACGCUGUCGAAGGUGCUGGUACGCCUGGUACCGUCCUGGGGCAGCUCGAUGGGUGCGGUCCGGUUCGGGGUCGUCCUGGUCGUGACCAUCUUCGUGGUGAUACCGCUCUGUCUGUACAAGAACGUGUCCCGGCUGGCGAAGGCGAGCUUCCUCAGCCUUGCCUGCGUCGUGCUCAUACUGCUGGCCGUCGUUUACCGGCUCCUGUCCGGGGACUACGGUGUCGUCCCGGACACACCGGAAUCCUGGCGGUUCGCGCACACCGAUCUCAUUCCCGCCGUCGGUAUCAUGGCGUUCGCAUUCAUGUGCCAUCACAACACGUUCCUGGUGUACCAGUCGAUGCAGGACGCGACGAUGGAGCGCUGGGAGAGGGUGACGCACAUCUCGGUUGGAUUCGCCUGGCUAGUGGCGGCCCUGUUCGGUAUCGCCGGUUACUGCACCUUCCGGGCACUGUCACAAGGUGAUCUGCUGGAGAACUACUGCUGGGAUGACGAUCUGAUGAACUUUGCGCGCGUCCUGUUCUCCGUGUCCAUCCUACUGACCUUCCCGAUCGAGUGUUUCGUAUCGCGGGAGAUCGUACGGACGCAAGUGCGUCGGUUUUACUCACACGAAGCCGUCGAGUCGUACGAUACGGAUGCGGAUCCGAGCCACGUCACCGGCGAGGAGGACGAUCGGCAAUCAAUGAUCACGACGCUGUUGAUUGUGUUUGCCGCGUUCAUCAUCUCCCCGUACACUGAGUGUCUUGGUCCGGUGUUGGAAUUAAAUGGUCUGCUGGCGGCCAUACCGUUGGCUUACGUGCUACCCGGACUGGCCUACAUCCAGCUCAGUCCCCAUUCGCUGUUUAGUCAGGAAAAGCUACCAGCGGCGGGGUUGGUCCUGUUCGGUACGAUCGUUACCAUCUCGGGCGCGGCCAUUCUAAUGCCGAACCUGAUUGGCGAUUGCCGGACGGGCAUCAUCAUGGGGUACUGUAGGGAUGACGAGCUAGCGAUGAACGGAACGGCUUCCUUCGCCGGAGUGGCCACCACUCUGGCGCCGAACUGUGUGACGGAUAAGGUUUAAAGGGAGACAAGGGAGAGAAG